AUGCCCGUUACUAGAAACGUCCCAGGCCGUCCAAACUACCCACUCAAUUGGAGGAAAGUUGCACCAUCUUCGACGGUUACAGAAAAGAAGGUUGUGAGGUUUUUGACACCGGUACCCGGUCAGGAUAAGGAAGCUGCAGGCAGCUCCAGCGCAAUCAAGACUCCAAUAUGCCCCGAAAACAAGCGCUGUCAUGCCGAUAGUAAACGCGCUUCUGAAGCCAAAGUUCCACCUCCAGUUGUUUUCACUAACGUAGUACAGCCUGGUGACGAACCUCUGAACUGGGGAGACCUUGGUAAGCUGUUGAGUUUUGCCGUUGACCCUGCUGCCCUCCAAGGAUUCCAGUUGGAGGAUACAGCGUCCGAUUUACCUUACCAACCCCGAUAA